CGGUGGACUCCGGGAAACGCGGAGAGACGGUGUGAUAAAAGACGGUGAGCACGGGCAUUCGCCAGGCCCCAAAUCUGUUCCGCUCGUUUUCUUCCCUCCUCCUUCGCCUCCCCUACUCCGUGCUCGAGCGGCGGUUCUCCGGAGCGGGAUCUGUUGAUUCGCCAGGCGCUUCGACGACGCCUAGUUAUGGUUCUCGAUCUCGCUCGUCGAAUAGAAGUCGGUGGAAUCUGCUAUUAGCGUUUCGAUAAUGGGUCGCGCUUGGAUUUUGGUGUUGUUUUCGUUCGUGUACAUCUCUAGCGCUGCUAAUGCCAGCGACGGCGACGGCGAUCCGCUCUACAGGGUAUGUAUAGAACAAUGUGGAAAGACAGGAACUGUUGGAGUCAGCUCAAUCCAACACUGUCAGUUUUCAGCUGAAGGUGUACUUGCUGAUGGUCCAUGGUACAUGCAAGAACCCUUAUAUGUUCAGUGGAAGCAAUGGAAUUGUAGGAGUGACUGUCAAUACUUUUGUAUGAUGCAACGGGAGAAAGAAAGGGAAGAACUUGGUCUCAGACCUGUUAAGUAUCAUGGUAAAUGGCCUUUUAAGCGAUGGUCUGUGCUUCAGGAGCCUGUUUCAGCUAUUCUCUCUGCAUUAACUCUCAUCAUUCAGUUCAAUGGGUGGUUAUCUUUUUUUCUCUUAUCAUCUUAUAAACUACCUCUUAUGCCUGAGAGUGGGAGGACAUUUUAUGAAUUCACUUGCUUGUGGCAUUUUUUUGGGCUGUUAUCACUGAAUGCCUGGUUUUGGGAUGCUAUAUUUCACACACAAAGUUUUGAUUUGACAGAAAAGUUCGACUAUUCAUCAUCUGUGGCUCUACUUGGGUACUCCCUCAUUCUAGCUAUACUGAGAACUUUUAAUGUGAAGACUGAGGCUUCAAGGGUAAUGGUUGCAGCCCCCUUGGUGGCUUUUCUGACGACACACAUCCUGUAUCUUAACUUCUAUGAAUUAGAUUAUGGGCUUAAUACGAAGGUGUGCUUGGUGAUGGGCAUUGCUCAGGUUCUACUUUGGGCAAUCUGGGCAGGAGUAACUCGACAUCCUUCACGUUGCAAGCUCUGGGUGGUGGUUGUCGGUGGUGCUAUGGCUACUCUUCUUGCAUUGUUGUAUGACUUUCCACCUUACAAAGGUUAUGUUGAUUCCCAUGCACUCUGGCAUGCCACCAGCAUCCCUCUUGCAUAUCUUUGGUGGAGUUUUGUUUCUGAAGAUGCUGAGUUCCGAACAUCAGCUAUCAUGAAAAAAAACAAGUAAGAAGCAGGAUAGAGCGCUGAAGUUCUACUGCUCUUUAUAGACUGAUUGAGCUGUAAUUCUGGUCCGGUGUAUUUGUCCUCCUUUCUCUUCUAGUUUCUAGUUUUUUUUCCCCCACUCCACUUGGUUUCUACUGCCAUUGCUCUUGUUCUUGAAUUGAUAGAGGAAUUAGUUCACGACCCAACGUGGCAUUGUACUUCAUUUGCCCUUUCUCUUGUGGCACAUAGUUGUGUUUUGCUUGUAAAAUUGACAUAUCCUUUCUCUGCAAGGUCAUCGGUGCUUUUUUUUCCCAUGCAAGGAGUGUUGACCUUGGCUAGUUCUGAUGUCUAUUUUUUCAGUCUUAAUGUGAAUUAUUUAUUUUUA